GCCUACACCACUGCCACGGCAACGCCAGAUCCAGGCCGCAUCUAUGACCUACACCACAGCUCAGGGCAACGCCAGAUCCUUAACCCACGGAGCGAGGCCAGGGAUCACACCCGCAUCCUCAUGGAUGCUAGUGUGGUUUGUUAACCACUGAGUCACGAAGGGAACUCCCUCUGUGGUUCCUCUUAUGCAGGAGCCUCUGCCUGUGGGUGAAGCACUGGCUGGCAAACUCCGGAAGGGGAGGUCCGGAGAGGUGGUGCCUCCCUCCGCAGCAAAGCUCAGACUGCACUGUCCUCAGGUGGCAGUGGUGUCCUACCACUUGGCACAGACCUCCACGGGCCCUUCAUCGCUUGGCUCCACUGUGCUGUGGGGUAAGCGGCGCGGGGAGGGAGGACGAUCUGGGCUUGGAAGGGAAACAGGAAAUCUGGCCAAGAAGCUUACGGCAGCUUUCUGGCAGAAGUGGAUCAACAUGGCCUGGCGGCUGACGCUCUUCGUGCUCCUGGGUUUGGUGGCUGCUGUGGGGGGCGCCCGGGCCAGGACGGACAUGCUCAACGUCUGCAUGGACGCCAAGCACCACAAGCCAAAGCCAAGCCCGGAGGACAAGCUGCACGACCAGUGCAGCCCCUGGAGGAAGAACUCCUGCUGCUCGGUCAACACCAGCCUAGAAGCCCAUAAAGACAUCUCCUACCUGUACAGAUUCAACUGGGACCACUGCGGCAAGAUGGAGCCGGCCUGCAAGCGCCACUUCAUUCAAGACACCUGUCUCUAUGAGUGCUCGCCCAACCUGGGGCCCUGGAUCCAGGAGGUGAACCAGAAGUGGCGCAGAGAGCGGAUCCUGAACGUGCCCCUCUGCAAAGAGGACUGUCAGAUCUGGUGGGAAGACUGCCGCACCUCCUACACCUGCAAGAGCAACUGGCACAAGGGCUGGAACUGGACCUCAGGGUAUAACCAGUGCCCAGUGAGCGCCGCCUGCCACCGCUUCGACUUCUACUUCCCCACGCCCGCUGCCCUGUGCAACGAGAUCUGGAGCCACUCCUUUGAAGUCAGCAGCUACAGCCGGGGCAGCGGCCGCUGCAUCCAGAUGUGGUUCGACCCGGCCCAGGGCAACCCCAACGAGGCGGUGGCGAGAUACUAUGCUGAGAAUGGGGAUGCUGGGGCCGUGGCCCAGGGGAUCGGGCCUCUCCUGACCAACUGGACGGAGAUGGUGAAACACUGGGUCACCGGCUAAGCUGUUCCCCCGCCGACCCCUGCUUUCCGCCCACAUCCCCUGGGUUACUCUCCGGGUGGCCUCAGCACCCUGGUCAUUGGCUCCUGAUCUAAGAUCCGAUGGGGAGCCUCUGACAGCCUCUUCCAAUACAAUAUCCACGUGUG